ACUAAAGUCAGCCCAAUGCUUUAAUCACUGCGCUCACAGAGAGAUAUCGCCUUCGGUUUCCUCUCACUUCUAAGCUCAAACAUUUCAUCAAGUCGCCGGUCGGGUAUCGUUCCAGACAGCCGAGCCAUGGCAGGGGACGGGUCCGACCAGCGGGCGCUGCAGUAUGAGCAAACUCUGAUGUAUGGGCGCUACACCCAGGAGCUUGGGGUGUACGCCAAAGAGGAGGCCGCUCGGCUGAGGGAGAGCGGGCAGAGGCGAUCGGUCACCGAGCGGAGCCGGACUCUGGACCUCCUAGAGUACGACAAGGGACGCUGUGCCAAGUGUCGCAUCUGCACGGUUCGCUGUCAGAAGUUCCUGAUCUCGCGGGUCGGGGAGGACUGGAUCUUCCUCAUCCUGCUGGGACUCCUCAUGGCUCUGGUCAGCUGGGUGGUGGACUUCUGCAUCGCCAUCUGCCUACAAGCACAGAAGUGGAUGUACGGUGGUCUGGACAGUAACGUGUUCCUGCAGUAUCUGGCCUGGGUCACCUACCCUGUGGUCCUCAUCACCUUCUCUGCAGGCUUCACCCAGAUCCUCGCCCCGCAGGCUGUUGGUUCAGGCAUUCCAGAGAUGAAGACCAUCCUGAGAGGAGUAGUGUUGAAGGAAUACCUCACCUUCAAAACAUUCGUGGCCAAAGUCAUCGGCCUCACCUGCGCUCUGGGCAGCGGCAUGCCCCUGGGCAAGGAGGGUCCGUUCGUGCACAUUGCCAGUUUGUGUGCUGCCCUCCUCAGCAAGUUCAUGUCUCUGUUUGGAGGAAUCUAUGAGAAUGAGUCGAGGAACAUUGAGAUGCUGGCAGCAGCCUGUGCUGUGGGAGUGGGCUGCUGUUUUGCUGCCCCCAUAGGAGGUGUGUUGUUCAGUAUUGAGGUAACAUCCACAUUCUUCGCGGUGAGGAACUAUUGGAGAGGUUUCUUUGCUGCUACCUUCAGUGCCUUCAUCUUCAGAGUACUCGCUGUUUGGAAUAGAGACGAAGAGACCAUCACAGCCCUCUUUAAAACCCGUUUCCGGCUAGAUUUCCCCUUUGACCUCCAGGAGCUUCCUGCCUUUGCCGUGAUUGGUAUUGCCAGUGGUUUCGGUGGGGCUUUGUUUGUCUACCUGAACCGUCUGAUUGUCCAGUUCAUCAGGAAACAGAAGGCCAUCAACAGAUUCCUCAUGAAAAAGCGUCUGCUGUACCCAGCGCUGGUUACUCUGCUUGUUUCCACUCUAACAUUUCCCCCUGGCUUUGGACAGUUUAUGGCUGGCAAGCUGACCCAGAAGGAGUCUCUGGUGACAUUACUAGACAACCGGACAUGGGCCAAGCAGGGCAUCGCUGAGGAGUUUGACUACAUCGGACAUUCCCAGGCAUGGAAACACCCACAGGUCAACGUCUUCGUCACGCUGGUCCUCUUCAUCGUCAUGAAGUUCUGGAUGUCUGCCCUGGCCACCACCAUCCCAGUCCCCUGCGGAGCCUUCAUGCCAGUAUUUGUGAUUGGGGCAGCGUUUGGUCGUCUGGUUGGAGAGAGCAUGGCAGCCUGGUUCCCAGAUGGCAUUAACACAGAUGGCACCAUCUACCCCAUAGUGCCAGGAGGCUACGCUGUCGUGGGUGCUGCUGCCCUGUCAGGAGCGGUCACCCACACGGUUUCCACCGCAGUCAUCGUGUUCGAGCUGACGGGACAGAUCUCUCACAUCCUGCCGGUGAUGAUAGCGGUGAUCCUGGCCAACGCUGUGGCCCAGUCCCUCCAGCCCUCACUCUACGACUCCAUCAUCAGGAUCAAGAAGCUGCCCUACCUCCCGGAGCUGGGCUGGGGACACCACGAGAAGUAUAAUAUUCGUGUGGAGGACAUCAUGGUGAGGGACGUGCGGUACAUCACGCUCAACUGCUGCUACAGAGACCUGCAUAACGUCCUGCUGACAGGCCACCUCAAGACUCUGGCUCUGGUGGAAUCAGCCGAGUCUAUGAUCCUGUUGGGUUCCAUCGAGCGUGCCCAGCUGCAGUCGCUGCUCUCGCAGCAGCUUGGCCGUGCUCGGAGGUUAGAGUACAUCAGGGAGCGGGCCGCCGCGGAGAAGAAGCGUCUUUCCGUCGUGUCGAACCCGAUCAGCGAGGACGGCAACCAGCGGGCCAGUCAGGAAGUCCGCUUCCAGAUCUCUACUGAGGAGUCAUCCUUCAGUCCAACUCGUCCAACUCCUCAGAAGCCCCUUAAACCUGCUCUGAAGAGACCCUCUGUGGUGGAGCGACCCACUGAGAUCCCCACCAGCCCACAAGAUAAUUCGGGCAUUGCUUUGAAGAAUCUGUUUUGCGCCAGUCCAGACACAGAAGGCAUGGAGAAAAACAACAACUUGGAGAGCCCAGCGUCUCCUGAGCAAAGGAGGCCGUCCAAACGAGUCCGGAUAUCCGUCGUGGAUGAUGGAGAUGUGGAGGAUGACAUGACCAUCAGAGAGAUUGCAGAGUGGGAAGAGAAUCAGCUUGAUGAGCAGGUCAACUUCAACAACUGCAAGAUCGACCCUGCCCCGUUCCAGCUGGUGGAGCGCACGUCGCUGCAUAAGACUCACACCAUCUUCUCCCUGCUGGGCCUCGACCACGCCUACGUCACCAGCAUCGGUCGCCUCAUCGGGGUGGUGUCCCUCAAAGAGCUUCGUAAGGCCAUUGAGGGCUCUGUGACGGUCAAAGGUGUGAAGGUGCGUCCUCCUCUGGCCAGUUUCCGGGACAGCGGCACCAGCAGCAGCGAGAACGAAGCCACUGAGCUCCACAAGCUGUGGGACCGCCACAAGAGCAUGUCGCUGCCCCGAGAGCACACCCCCUCCGAGUCUGAUGAAAAGUCCCAGUGAGAGAAAGUGGAAGAGGAAGAGGAGGAGGAGGAGGAGGAGGAAGAGGCAUCGAGGUCUUAAAUCCCCCCAAAGCCACAAACAUGCAAAAAU